AUGGCCUCUCAGAGUGAAGCUAUCGAGAUGCGACAGAGCUUGGGCACCCGAGUGGCACCGAAGGAUGGAAACAUCGGUGCCGACCAGUCCGCCCUUGUCGGGUCGCCGGAGGUUGAACGGGGUCUGAAUAAGAUGUUGGGUGUGAGGAAACAGUUCAGCGACGUCCAAAUCUUGGCCUUCGCCCUCACGUACAUGUCGAUCUGGGAAUCAAUGAACUCGGUCAUGACGUUCGUCCUGUUCAACGGGGGCCCUCAGACGUUUGCCUGGUCUAUCCUCAUCGUCUACAUCGGAGCAAUGUCGCAAGCGGCUUCAAUCGCGGAAAUGUCCUCGUUGGUGCCAAUCGCCGGGGCCCAAUAUCACUGGACCAAUGCUCUCGCUCCUCCUGGAGUGAGGAAAUUCUUGACAUGGUUACAAGGGUGGAUGACGUGGCUCGGCUGGGUGGCGGUCCUUGCAGCCAUCGUCAAUGUGACAAUCCUCGUCCUUCAGGCCCUGAUCGCUCUGCAGCACCCGACCUACGUUGGGGAGAGCUGGCAUACCGCGUGCCUGAUGAUCGCGAUGCUCCUCUUUUUUGGCGCAAUCAACUCGGUUCGUUGGACGUUCUUCAUCGUGCCGUGGCUUGAACUGGCCGCCGGUGUUCUCCACGUCGCCCUGUUUAUCCUCUUCGUCGUGGUUCUUCUGGUCAUGGGGUCUCGGAAUACGACGGAUUAUAUUUUCUUCCAUCGCGAAGUUCUGUCGGGGUGGAACAACCAAUACAUCUCCUGGAAUUUGGGUAUGCUCACCUCUGUCGGCUCAUUCAUUUCUCUCGAUAGCCCAGUUCACCUGGCUGAGGAGGUGCGAUUGCCCAAGAAAGCUGUCCCGAGAGCCGUCUUUUGGGGCCUUGCCAUGAACGGUGCCAUGGCGUAUGCCAUGGUCAUUUGCCUGCUGUCCGCCAUGGGACGCCUGGAUGAGGAACUGGCGUACGCGCCGUAUCCCGCAGCCGUUGUUUUAAUGCGCGUGACGAACUCAACCGCUGCCACGACGGCCAUGAUCAGCGGCAUCUUCAUCAUCUCCGCAUGCUCAGCUCUUGGCUGUGUUGCGUCUGUGUCACGUCUGACGUGGGCGUGGGCCCGUGAUGGGGGCCUCCCUCAGUGGUUUGCCAUGGUCAACCAAAACCAUCUACUUCCAAUUCGAGCUAUCUGGCUGGGAAUUGCGGUGAAUGUGGCCCUCUCUCUCAUCAAUGUUGGGUCCACCACCGCUUUCGGGGCCAUUCUCUCACUGGCCACGAUCGCCCUCUUUGCCUCAUACGGCAUUGCCAUCUUGAGCAUGCUGCUCGCAAGAUGGCAGAAUUAUCGAGGCAGCCGGACGCUGGCACUGGGGGAAUGGAAUAUGUCUUGGUGGGGAAAGUAUGUCAAUUCGUUCGCAUUGCUCUACACCUGCUACAUGAUGGUCUUUCUGCCCAUUCCCUACAGUCUGCCCGUCACUGCGGUCACGAUGAACUAUUCGGGACCCAUCUUUGGAGCAAGUCUCAUUUUCGUUGUCGCGGCGUGGGUUCUAUAUGGAAGAACCAAGUGGGCCGGUGUGAACAGUGCAAUCGUCGACAUUGUCAAGGGCCGUGCGAAUGAGGUUGAGCCUCAUACGAGUCACGCUUAG